AUGGCCCAGUCUUCGCUCGAUGCCUUGCUGAAAGGCAGCUCCGGCCGGAACACGCGCGGUCUAUUGCGGAUCCUCAUUCUCUGUACGAUUGCUGCCGCCGCCGUGUCUAGUCGGCUGUUCAGUGUUAUUCGAUUCGAGAGUAUUAUCCACGAAUUCGAUCCGUGGUUUAACUUCCGUGCAACAAAAUACUUGGUUCAAAAUGGCUUUUACAGCUUUUGGGAUUGGUUCGAUGACCGAACGUGGCACCCUCUGGGACGUGUUACCGGUGGCACCUUAUACCCUGGUCUGAUGGUGACUAGCGGCGUGAUCUACCACAUCCUGCGUUUCCUUACGAUCCCCGUCGACAUUCGAAACGUUUGCGUUCUGCUCGCCCCAGGAUUUUCCGGACUCACCGCGCUGGCAAUGUACCUUUUGACCGGCGAAAUGGCUCCCUCCCCAUCUGCUGGUCUCCUCGCUGCGGCCUUCAUUGGAAUCGUUCCUGGUUACAUUUCGCGAUCCGUGGCGGGCAGCUACGACAAUGAAGCCAUUGCCAUUUUCCUGUUGGUAUUUACCUUCUUCUUGUGGAUCAAGGCUAUCAAGAACGGCUCGAUCAUGUGGGGAGCGUUGACGGCCUUGUUCUACGGAUACAUGGUGUCGGCCUGGGGUGGAUACGUCUUCAUCACCAACCUCAUUCCACUCCAUGUCUUUGUGCUGCUCUGCAUGGGUCGGUACAGUUCUCGGAUGUACAUCAGCUAUACCACCUGGUAUGCGCUGGGAACUCUGGGAAGUAUGCAGAUCCCCUUCGUGGGAUUUCUGCCUAUUCGCAACAGUGACCACAUGUCCGCUUUGGGUGUCUUUGGACUCAUUCAACUUGUGGCGUUUGCCGAUUUUAUCCGAAGCUUCCUGCCCGGCAAGCAGUUCCAAAAGCUUCUGACGUACAUGGUUUUCCUGACUUUCGGGCUGGCAUUCACUGGACUCAUUGCGCUUUCAGCUACGGGAGUCAUUGCCCCAUGGAGCGGUCGUUUCUACUCCCUGUGGGAUACGAAUUACGCUAAGAUUCACAUUCCCAUCAUUGCGUCUGUCUCCGAGCACCAGCCGACUGCCUGGCCUGCCUUCUUCUUUGACCUGAACUUCCUGAUCUGGCUCUUCCCGGCUGGUGUGUUCGUGUGCUUCCAGAAGCUGAAAGAUGAGCAUGUCUUUGUGGUCAUCUACUCCGUGCUCGCUAGCUACUUCGCUGGUGUCAUGGUCCGUCUGAUGCUGACUCUGACCCCAAUUGUUUGCGUUGCGGCGGCGCUCGCCUUGUCUUGCAUUCUCGACAACUUCCUGGUGAUGUCGACACCCAAGGGGGCCGCCCAAGCCAAGGCAAACGGAAAUGAGUCCAAGUCGCUUCGUUCAGGCCGGAACCCCUUGGUUGGCAUCUACUCGUACUUCUCCAAGGCCGUUGUGACGGGCUCAGUGACCAUUUACCUUCUGAUGUUUGUUGCUCACUGCACCUGGGUCACUUCCAACGCGUACUCGUCGCCUUCGGUUGUUCUGGCCAGCCGACUGCCCGAUGGAAGCCAGUUCAUCAUCGAUGACUACCGCGAGGCCUACUACUGGCUUCGUCAGAACACACCCGACAACGCCAAGAUCAUGUCUUGGUGGGACUACGGCUAUCAGAUCGGUGGUAUGGCUGACCGUCCUACGCUCGUCGACAACAACACCUGGAACAACACCCAUAUUGCUACCGUGGGCAAGGCGAUGAGCUCGCGCGAGGAGGUCAGUUACCCAAUUUUGCGACAGCACGAUGUGGACUAUGUCUUGGUGGUGUUUGGUGGACUGCUGGGCUACUCGGGUGACGACCUGAACAAGUUCCUGUGGAUGGUACGCAUCUCCGAGGGCAUCUGGCCCGACGAGGUGAGCGAGCGUGCGUUCUUCACUGCUCGUGGUGAGUACCGUGUCGACGACCAGGCUACUCCGACCAUGCGUAACAGUUUGAUGUACAAACUGUCUUACCACAACUACCAAAGUCUGUUCCCGCCCGGUCAAGCCAUGGAUCGAGUUCGCGGCUCUAAGCUGCCUACCGAAACCCCCCAGCUCAACACACUCGAGGAGGCUUUCACCAGCGAGAACUGGAUCAUCCGGAUCUACAAGGUCAAAGACCUGGACAACUUCGGCCGCGACCACAGCAACGCUGUCGCCUUCGACAAGGGCCUCAAGAAGAAGCGUGCGGCCAAGAAGAGAGGUCCCCCCAUUCUAAGAACCGAGUAG